ACGCCGCCAAGUACGUCGACAACGUCGACGAGAGGUUCGCGCGCCAAGCGACUCUUCAGUAUGACGAGCGACUGCCGCGGCUUUGGAACUCACGUAUAUUUAACGUUGCACUGAGAUUUUCAUCGCGAGCGUGAGAACUGAGCACGUCAGACGACAAUCUACCGACGAAAAAGUGAACAAGAACGAUUUUCAAAGAGGGACACUCUAUCCGUAUUGGAAUUACGAAGAAACAAGAUUACCAAGCAGACACAACAGGAUCAAUUUUCGUCUGUAGAAGGGACAAUUCUUGGUCGGAUCGAUCUACGGCAGGAUGCGUUCGGGCGGAAUUGCAACUGUGGCGGCCAUUAGCCUCUUUCUGGCUGCUUCCAAGAGCUUCGUAGAUCCGGCUCCAUUGAGUUCCCAAGAGAGAAAGCUCGGAAGCGUGCACGAGGAUUCGGAUGUCGAGCAACUUCAGACCUUAAAACAUUCCAUUGGAAAUACCGUCGCUGCAGUAAGAGAAGCUCAGGCGGCUGAAAGUCGAAGCAGUACGAUAAAAGAAUCUUCCAUCCCGGAAUUAAAUACAGACGCAUCAGCUGCAAUCGAAGAAACGCACGAGAAAGAAGCAAAGGACGCUUCUCCAGAGACGCCAUCCGUCGCGACGGCUAUACCCAGACCCCUGCCGCCGUCCUUAGUACCGAAAGGCCAGGCCGAAGUUGUUCACGGUGAACAUCAACGACAGAACACUAGCGCUCCUGCGGAAUCAAGCUCAACUGCUUCGCUCACCGAACAACUCACUGAAAAUGGCCAAAGACGUGCUUAUGCUCCGCAGGAUCUUUCGAAUUCGCUGGAGCGAAUGGACAAGUUGGCUACUUAUGCCAGUGUUCAGUACUCUCCGAUGGAUAUGGCCGAAUACGUGUUCUGGACUGGUGACGAGAAAGGGGUUACGUUAGCUGUCGAAGAAUUUCUUCAGGAAGGAUUGAUGACGCGGGACGAAGCCAUUGCAUUCCUGCAGGAAGUGAAGUAUAACUUGGACAAUUUGCAGCCCCGUUACGCCCAGGCCAAGGAGAGAACUAAUUUGAUGCAGAAAAUACCUUUGUUUGAGAAAUCAGAACAGAGCUUGCCAUUGAAUAAGGAGUACCAAGAUGUCCUGAUGGAUCCUUUAAAGAAGAGGCCCAUGCUCCUUGAUCCUCUUGCAGAAUUAUCCAACAACAAUAUCCUUGGACAAAAUAGACAAGACAGUCUGACCAAUCGUAACGUACCGGAAGUUGCAGCACCAUUCAGGCCGAAGGACGCUGUCUACGAGGAACUUCUUGAACGUCUCAAGGUGGCUGACUUCCUUUACACGAAAUACUCUCUCGAGGAAGUUAUCUAUCAGCUUGCUAAAGUCAUGUUCUCCCAGGCCUUGACUAGAGGUAGCAAUUACGCCCAGGAUAUACUUCAGAAGUUCACUGUAUUUCUGGAAACGGAAGCAGCCGAAGGACGAAUCACUAGAACCUUGGAGAAGAAAGUUCUGGACGUACUGAUCGCAGCGCUUUCCGAUACUGUGGCGGAACAUCCUGAAUUAGCGAACCCAGGAAGAGAAGCUCUGAUGGAAUCCCCAGUGGUACCUACAGUCAACAGACGACUUCUUCAGGAACUCCUCUUCUCCCAGGUUCCAACUCAUCUGUCAAGUCGGGAUUCAGCGAUUCUCGAUCUCAAUAAGUACAUCCACGAAGCGUAAGUCCUUCCGGGCUCAGCUGCGUGAAUCCUUCGUUUGUCCCUCGUCGAGCGAUUACUCGUUAUAAGUUAUAACUAUGACGUACAGAAGUUGGAUGGCCCUGAUGGCACUGCCUACGGGUACGUCGUGUCCAAUUGGCGAACGCUGAAUCAGGAUUUAUCAUCCGGCGCACAGUUUGGCUUUCUCGGGAGAAUCAUGGUGACUCUGCGAAUUGUCAUACGUAUUUUUCGUCUCUUAAAAAACCCGAAGUCUCUGGCUUAAGAAUUUUUGCAAAUUUUCACGACAAAUUCCAUAACGCUCGAUUCUCUUAAUGAAUUUACGUAGCAGCUGUUCUCUUUAUUCUAGUCAAAUUUUUACACUCACGAGAGUAACGAUGAUUCGCGUAAUCCUUAUUGAAAAUUUUUACCCGCAAAUUUCUUGUUACCGUAAUUGCUUAUUUGUACGUUUGGGUACGUUAUACUUUCUUGAAUCUUUUAUCCUUUUAUCUUUUAUAUGAUUCGCGUAAUCCUUAUUGACAAUUUUUACCCUCGAUACCGCAAAUUUCUUGUUACCGUAAUUGCUUAUUUGUACGUUUGGGUACGUUAUACUUUCUUGAAUCUUUUAUCCUUUUAUCUUUUAUAUGAUUCGCGUAAUCCUUAUUGACAAUUUUUACCCUCGAUACCGCAAAUUUCUUGUUACCGUAAUUGCUUAUUUGUACGUUUGGGUACGUUAUACUUUCUUGAAUCUUUUAUCCUUUUAUCUUUUAUAUGAUUCGCGUAAUCCUUAUUGACAAUUUUUACCCUCGAUACCGCAAAUUUCUUGUUACCGUAAUUGCUUAUUUGUACGUUUGGGUACGUUAUACUUUUUUGAAUCUUUUAUUCGCCUCGUUACAUAAGCCUAUUCUCUAGUUUGUUAUCCCAAGAUGAAUCUUAUUGUUGCCGUUUGUCGCGAUGGACGAUUCAAUUUCAUUCGGGACAACCGAAGGGAGCUACGGGAUCAGGACGAAUCCGUAUGAAUAAAAGCCAUGAAUGGUUUGCGGUUGAAAUCGUAUUUGAAAAAGGUCAAAGGUCCUUAAUCGCAUGUACGCUUGUCGAAGAAGAAAAACGCUUCGAUUCGAAAAUCGUCCGUUGGAUCUUUUAUCUUCUUCGAAAGCAUAACAGAAAUGGCUUUCGUCAAGCUUUUGGUAUUCUUUAAGGUCUUCGUAGCGAUUUUUAAUUAUGUAAAAAUUUGAUUUUCAAUUAUGUAAAAAUCCGCGAAGUAGCAUUUGAAAUUGUAUACAUAAAUUGUGUCAUCUUCUACCUUACCGACACUGGUCAAAAUUAUCAAUUGGCGAACACAGAUAAAAAUAUGGCAAAUCAGAUAUAAGGUGAGAAGGAAGAAAAAUAAAUUUUGAAAAACAUUUCAACAUUGUUAAAAUAGAAAAUAGCGACGAAAAUUCUUAAAUUAUACCGUAAACGAUACAAAUUAUGAAAUAAAUAAUUAUAACAAUCCGGGCAAACGACUGUUCGAAAGUCUCGCUACGAUUCGAACUGACGGAUUCGCAGAGUGCCGAUUGAUCGUUAAUCACUUUCAAUUUGCCAAUCAGCGAUAUUAAUCUGCGAAGAAAAAAAUCGAACAAGACUAAACCGAUAGUAACGACAUAUCCAAGUUUUCCGGCGAACGAGCGCAAUUCGAUAAACCCAUUUCAAUAUGGAAUUUAAAAUCUGCCUACGUAAUCAAUGAGUAACCGAUAUUCUCAUUAUUAUCACACCCGUUAAUUUCCAUAUGACAAAGCAGAAGACCAAGGCCGAAAGGGAUGGUUAGAAAUAAUUGGAGACUGAUUAAACUGAUUCGGCCGAGUGAUAAGCUGAUAAGAUUCUUGUACUGUUUUUCCACGCUAGCGAUACUCUCACGUAGUUUUCCCGUAAUAACGCAUUAAAUAAAUUAUUUUAACACGACUUAUCCUAAACGCAAGAACGAAUCGCACCUUGAACUUUCCAUCUUUCCGUCGGAUUUACGCAAUUCUCAUUUUUCCCAUUGCACCUCACAUUUAUCGAGCUGCAGUACUACUUUACCGACCGUUACGUCAUUGACGUUACCUUAGCGACGCUAUUAAUAAUCAACGUUUAUCAUUUAAAAUAAAAAUGCGCAAAAUUAAUGCUUCGUGUCAUCAAUUACGAGCGUGUAUCCACUGUACCAAAUAAUGUUAUCGCGAUGACGUGACCUAUCGUCCCUUGAUACUGCGGAAGAUAACUUGUGUAUCUAUAAGAAAUAAAAUGAUCCCGUUUUAACUUGGAA